CUCCUCCUCCUCCUCACGACCGCUGACAGCGGGUUCCCAGGCUUCUCCCCCGACACGCCCCCUCUCCCCACGAGCACUGGACACGCGUGUCCAGCUGCUGCUGCUGCUUCUUGCCCCAAGUUAAGGCUCUCUGCCUUGCCUGCCGGGCGACACGGGUUUCAGCCUCACCUGUGCGACGGGCCCCUGAGAGGCAUCCAAGGCCCAGUGGCAGGCAGGCAGGCCGCCCUGGAGAGAAGGACUCUCUGGGUUGGGGUCGCGAGGAGUCGGCACUGGCUUGACUCAGUCAAUCAGGCGAGGAGCCCCUGUCCGGGCCUUCCUCCUGGGGUGCCUGCCAGGCGGGUACAUGUUUCUGUGUGUGUGUGAAUGUGCAGCUGGCUGGGCAGGGGCAGCUCGGCCGGGCGAGCCAAGGGGGCGCCGCCAGAGAGCCCCAGGGCUGCCGCGAUGCCUGCGAGAUGGCCGGCCACGCAGUCGGCGGGGAGAGCUGCCGCGCCCUGGCGGCGGUGAACUACUCCCCUGCUGACUGAGCAUGGCAAAAAAGAGGCACCUUUUUGGAAGUAGGCGUGGUUCUCUUAUAUUUAGCAGGAGGAGAGCCACCGGCCCUAUCCAUCCCCAGCACAGGCACAGCAUCCCUCCCAUAGGGAUCCAGCAUCCCUCCACUUGAGGGGAGGGGAUCCUUUAAGGGGCAAGGCGGAUGUGCUCCUUACCUGCCCCACUGCCACCCCCCCCACAGCACUCUCCCCAAAAGUGUUGGUACAGGGCUGCUUGCACGUGCUUGCAGCCCCAGUGAACAGCGCGUCAGCCAUUUCCAGUUUGUCAUUCACUGUCUGGGGCUGCAAGCACCCGGGGUGGUGCCACCAUUGGGCGAAUGGGUUCAAAGAACCCAGGCUGCCACCAAUCAGGGGCCACAAGUGCGGCUCCAGACACGCCCCCUGCAGAUGCAGGGUGUGGGGGCAUUAUUUUGGUUCCAAACAGGGCCAAGCAGCAGCCCUACACGGCGGGGCUGAUUGAUCUCCCUCCCAAAAGGGGCCCCAUGGCCCCGCUUAGGAAAUCGAUUGGCCCGCACUGCAUUGGCAGCGCAGCCGGAAUGGCUCUUCCUGCCUUUAAGGCAGAGACAGAAGGGUGAGAACUUGGGUGCCAAAAGGCAGAACUUGGGUGCCUUCCUUCCUUGAGUUGUGGUUUGUUUUGUUUGUGAGAUAGUAUUGUGGUGAGAACUAGACAGUACCAGGUGUGUGUGCGCGUGUGCAAUAUCUCUUGGUGAUUGCUGUGAUUAGCUCCUUGUCUGGCCUUAAGACUAACUUGUGAUUCACUCACUGCUCUGGUCUGCAAUGCAAAUUGCAAUGCAAAAGCUUGUGUGCAGUGCGCUCUGUGAGUGCAGCUUGUUCCAGCCAUAGGGGACAAUGGGGAAUAUUUGUCGUGCUCGUAUGCUACCUACCACCCAGCCCACAAAAGAAGCGGGAGAUUUUUAACAAAUGUUUAAACUUCCCCCCAAACCCCCAUAGAAUACUUGGUUCGUUAGACCAAUCUGCUACCUGUGUUCAUUUUAGAGGUGAACCAAGGUACAAUCCCCCACAGUGCAUGGUACACACAGGAAGUGUACUGCUGGACUUGUGUUCAGCAUAACCUGUGAAUAACAGUACCUGUGUACAUUGUACUCUUGUCAUACUAGUGUUCAACAUAAUGAGGCUCUCCACGUGAGCAGUGUGGAGAGUCUUAUCGGGGUCUCCCCGCAGACGAGCAGGAAGCCAUCCCUGAGCCGGUAGGAACCGUCACGGAGCCGGAGUCAAGACCGCUCCAUCCAAUAGCGUGUGAGUCACGAAAAGGGAGGACCUUGUCUCUAACCCCUGAUUGGCUGGGACCGUCGUCAGUAUAAUUAUCGGGGACCUGCCGACGGAACGCUGUGAUUGGCUGCGACGCGAGGGACAAAGCACUGGACGUUCCUUCUAUUCCAGGAGCGCGCCGGGCCUGAGGCUUUAAGUCCGGAUCGGGGGAGGAGUUCUCUCUUUCCAGGGACUCCCGCGCGUGGUCUUGGCCAUUAUAAACCCAGCAAGCCAAAAGCCAUGGCCAGCCUUGCCAACGGAGACCACCUCAGUAAGGCUCUCUGGGCCUCCCACAAUAAGAUGGUGAUGGAACCGCUGGACACCAACGACCCAGAGGUCCACGAGAUCAUCAAGAAGGAGAAGCGAAGGCAGCGGGUGGGCUUGGAGCUGAUCGCCUCUGAGAACUUUGCCAGCCGAGCCGUUCUGGAGGCCCUGGGCUCAUGCAUGAACAACAAGUAUUCGGAGGGAUACCCAGGACAAAGAUACUAUGGCGGGACAGAGUUUGUGGAUGAGUUGGAGAGACUGUGUCAGAAGAGAGCCCUGGAGGCCUACGGGCUGGAUCCACAGAAGUGGGGAGUCAACGUCCAACCCUACUCAGGGUCCCCUGCCAACUUUGCAGUCUACACUGGUCUGGUGGAGCCCCAUGGGAGGAUCAUGGGUUUGGAUUUACCUGACGGGGGUCACUUGACCCACGGCUUCAUGACGGACAAGAAGAAGAUCUCAGCCACUUCCAUCUUCUUUGAGUCCAUGCCCUACAAGGUCAACCCUGAAACGGGUUACAUUGACUAUGACAGGCUGGAGGAAAAUGCUCGCUUAUUCCACCCAAAGCUCAUCAUUUCAGGGGUCAGCUGCUACUCCCGGAAUCUGGAUUAUGCCCGCAUGAGGAAGAUCGCAGAUGAGAACAGUGCGUGCCUGAUGGCUGACAUGGCCCACAUCAGCGGGUUGGUGGCAGCUGGUGUGGUGCCGUCGCCCUUCGAGCACUGCGACGUGGUCUCGACCACAACCCACAAAACCUUACGCGGCUGCCGAGCUGGCAUGAUCUUCUACCGGAAAGGUGCUCGCAGUGUGGAUCCCAAAACAGGGAAGGAGAUCCUCUACAACCUCGAGAGCCUUAUCAAUCAAGCUGUAUUUCCAGGCCUGCAGGGAGGGCCUCACAACCAUGCCAUUGCAGGGGUUGCUGUUGCUCUGAAGCAAGCCAUGACCCCGGAAUUCAAGGCUUACCAGAAGCAAGUGGUAGCCAACUGCAAAGCCCUGGCAAAAACCCUCAUCGGUUUGGGAUACCAUGUUGUGACUGGCGGCUCCGACAACCACUUGAUCCUGGUGGACUUGCGCAACCAAGGCACCGACGGGGGGCGUGCUGAACGGGUCCUUGAGCUCUGCUCGAUUGCGUGCAACAAGAACACCUGCCCAGGGGACAAGAGUGCUUUGCGUCCCAGUGGGCUGAGGCUGGGCACCCCAGCGCUGACCUCUCGGGGAUUCUUGGAAGGGGAUUUCCAAAAGGUCGCUCACUUCAUUCACAAAGGUAUAGAACUCACCUUGCAGGUUCAGCAUGACAUGAGCCCCAAAGCAACCCUGAGGGAGUUUAAGGAGAAGCUGGUGUCUGAUGAGAAAUACCAAGCAGCGCUGAAGUCCCUCAAGGAGGAGGUGGAGGUCUUUGCGGAUUCCUUCCCAAUCCCCGGUUUACCUGUUCUUUAAAGCGACCUUGCAGCACACCCCGCCCCAGGAGAAUGGCAUGGAAACCCAUCUCUGGGAUGGCGGUUCCUUCCCAACUGCUUUGAUGCUUCUGUUGUCUUGUCAAGUUGCCCUCAUGGAUAUUGGAUUCAGGAGGAAUUAAACCCAUCCCCAUUUUUUUGCUGUUCCUGUACCUACAAGCAGGAGCUGGUUUUAAAAACCUGCUUUUUAUCAAUCUCUUUCCCUUUUUUACAAGCUGCAGGGACUGAAGAAGGAAACUGACACAUCCCAAGAAUAUUAGAACCCACCCUUGGUGGGGUAGUUAAAGAGCACUUAAAGGACAUCUCAAAAUAUACCGUUGGCAGUGUUGCAAAGAUCCUCAUGGAGACAGGCCAUACGAACACUGUGUGUUGAAACUCCAGGCCAGGGUGCAGUGAGAUUUGAGCAUAAAAAGCUAGGGAGGCAGCUGUGGAGAACACUGUGCAAAUAAUAAAAUGAGACUUCAGCUCCCCUUAGACUGACUGGAAAAAUGCACACUAAAGUCGUCCUUAGGGCUGGGCUGCACUUCUGUCUGCAGGUUUUGAUUUUUCAUAUGGAAACUGGCCCUCUGCAGAAAGUAGAACUUUCUAAGGAGAAGCAGGAGGCAAUCGACACGGAACAUUGAUCGUUCUGAUGCUGCUUUGUUGGGGCAGCCAAAGAGCUUUCAGAUCAGCGUUCCCUCUCAUUUUUCAUGUGUGCACAGAAUGAGUUUUGUUCUGGGUGGCAGUAUCGAGGCAGUGUGUGUACAUAUGUGUAUUUAGAAUGGGGCCUUCUGGAUUCAACCUGGGCAGGAUCGAAAACUAACUGAGUGGACAUCAAAAAGCUUGUGAGCAUGUGCACACCUUAGAGGGAACAGUGUUUCAGAUGUGGAGAAGGUGGACAGAAAGCUUUCCUCGCUCUUUUUACACAAUGCAUCUUUAACCUACAUAACUCACUGCCAUACAGAUCAGGUGACGGUCACUAGCUUAGAUGGCUGAGGAUUAGACAGGGAGGGGCUGUGGAAAGGGAAGAAACACUCUUAAAAGGGGAAUAACUUUAGUUUCAAUAGCAACUGUUGUUCCCCAUAGUCCUUCUCUGUGGGAUAGGGACUAACGUGAUUUGCUUACAGUCGUACCACAUUAGUGAAUUUCAUCCAACCAUCUCUGAAGCCAUGCUUAUAAGUGCAGAUCCACCAUAGCAAGACAAAAUUCUGUCUCUUAAUCCAAAGUACAGUGGGGCGAGUCUCCCGCCCUGCAGUAAAGUCUGCAGUUCGCCUCCUUCUCCAGUUAUUACACAUGCACACUUUUCAUCAGACAUAUGAGCCCAGAAGUAUAGUCAGGACACUUUUUACUAAGCACAAUAAAGUUAAGAAUUUAACCACAAUAUAUGCCAAUGGUUAUAUAAGCUUUAAAAAAUACAACCAAUAUUUUUUUUCCUUUUUGUAUUUCAAAAAAUAUUUGAGCCCAAAUAAAUAAUUUUUUUAAAUGUA